AUGCCUCAAGACGACUUCACACGCCUCUGCACACCACCACACACCACCAACUCCACCAACACCACAGCUGAAUCGUCGUCACACCCCCCUCGGCACCAGUUCCACCCGCCGCGUCGCCUGCACCUCGCCCCCGUUGGCCCCAAAGUACCGCACGCUCUCGAAGCUCCACUGGUCGUUGGCGCGCACCCAGUUGCCCAGGCCGUCCGCGUAGAGGAGGAGGGGGGUGGCCGCCAUCCCGGAGAGGGCCUGGGGCGCCCUUUCGAGGACGGUGACGGCUUCGUACAGGCCCAGGAAUUGCGCCAGGAGCGUCUGGUGGUAGGCCGCCACCCAGUCGACGCUGUCCUGGACCGUCACGAUGCGCGGGGGCGCAUGGGGGACGUCCUUGUCGGGCGGGUUGUUGAGGACGACGGUGACAAUGUUGUGGACGGCGCCGGCGGCACGUUCGCGGUUGUACGAGACGAGGUCCUGGAAGCUCUCCGUUUCACCCGGAGGAGGAGGACGUACAUUGCCAAUCAAAAUCAUGUCGGUGGCCACGCUGGCCAGCUCGCGGACGAGGGGGUGGUCGGCGGCCGCCGUGAUGUCCUCGUCGUCCAUGACAAAGGACGGCAGGGCGCCGACGGUGCGCCGGCGCACGUGCAGGAAACUGUCGAGUGUGUACACCGGCGGCCCGCCAUGCACGCGCUCUUUGGCCCGGUCCGCCGCCUCCGUGGCGACCGCCUGCAGAUAGCCCUCAAAGUGGUGCAGGAAACGUGCCGCCGUCGCCGGCCGCACGCCCGGCGUCGAGGUCGCCCGGUGCCAGAAAGCGCGGGCGAUCUCGACACCGCCCCAUUCGCCGUCCGGCCGGGCGACCGUCGGGUUCCGGAGGGCCUCCGUUACCAGACGGACACGCUUGGUUGUCUCUGCGGGGGAUUCGUCGUCGGUGCCGUCCUCAAUGACAAAAAAGACAUUCAUCAAGUCACAGCCGAUACGAAUGUGUUCUGA